AUGAGCGGCCCUUCCGGCCUGGCCCCCCAGCAGGAGCCAAUCCCUGGAGCGACCGAAUGGAUCGCCGAGUGCGAGACGCUCACUACGCGCAAGGGACACCGCAUUGCGUACCGAAGGCGAGGGAGCGGGCCAACUGUCCUGUUACUACACGGCUUCCCGACAUGGUCUUACGAUUAUGCGGCUGUCGCGAAAGAUCUUGAACCUGAUCACGACGUUGUGACUUUCGACUUCCUCGGCUACGGUGCGUCGGACAAGCCGAACCCUUACAAAUACUCGGUGGCAGAGUCUGCUGAUACAGUCGAGGAUCUGCUUGCUCUACUGGGCAUUGCAUCGUCUCACCUGGUAGUGCACGAUUAUGGUGGGAUCGUCGGUCAGGAACUUUUGGAUCGCCAGCACCGCGGGAAACUGCCAUUUGGUAUCGAGAGUUUGGCAAUACUAAACUGCGGCAUUGUUUACAGCGCAUAUCGACCAACUAUGCUGCAGCGUCUUCUUGCCGUACCUUUCGUUGGUGGUUUCAUCGCCAGCUGCAUCACUGCCAGCAUGGUGCGAAAGGGCUUUGUCGGAAUAUGGGGAGAGUCUCCCCUCAGCGAUAAUGAGUUUGAGAAUAUUUGGCACGGUAUCGCUUUAAAUGACGGACAUAAACUAUCUCAUUCGCUCAUCGGAUACAAUGCCGAGAGAGCACAGCACCACGGGCGCUGGGAAACCGCCCUGUCACAGUGGACGAGGCCGUUGCACCUCAUAUGGGGCCUUGAUGACCCAGUGUCGGGGAAGCACGUUUUGGACCUGGCAAGCGAAGAGUUCAAACACGCUGUCGUGACGAGACUGGAAGGCGUGGGCCACUUUCCGCAGAAUGAAGCGCCGAAGGCCGUUGCAAAGGCAAUCCGAGCUGCCGUUGUCAGCAGGCUGCCGCCGACAGCUGCUGGUAGCAGAGUGAAUGAGUACCCCGAACAGUGCCUGGCUUGGCGUCACUGCCCAACAGUGCCUAGGAAUUCGGUGCCUCCACUUGAAAGAACCGAGAGAAAAUCCGCACAAGAACAAUAA